AUGACAGACUACGACGUCAUCGUAGUCGGCGCUGGAUAUGCUGGCUUAUCUGCUGGCAAGACGCUCAAAGAGGCAGGAAAGAGUAUUGUCAUUCUUGAAGCAGGAAAUCGCAUUGGGGGUCGAGUUUGGACCAAAUACUUUGAGGACGGCACCUACGAGGAUUAUGGCGGCAUGUUUCUUGGGGUCCAACAGCCUCUCAUGUAUGAACUGGCUCGCGAAUUCGGCAUCCAUACUUUCAAUGUGCCAACAAAGGGGAAAACGGUGCUUUAUUACAAAGGGAAAACUCGGAAAUACUCAGGACUCAUUCCCCCAGUUUUACCCUGGGCUUUGAUCGAUGUUGGAUUGCUCAUCCGGAAAUUCGAGUCCAUGGCGAGGAUAGUCGACCUUGAGAAACCGUGGAACACUCCCAAUGCGCACGAGUUGGACAAGGUUACCGUUGAGGACUGGAUGCGGCGUCAUUGCUGGACGUCGGUCGGGAAUGACCUCUUCAGGGUUGCUGUCGAGCUCGUUUGGGGCACCGUUCCCUCCCAGAUCAGCCUUUUACAUGCGUUAUGGUACUGCAAGGCCGGAGUUAGCUUCACAGUUCUGUCGACGAUUGAUCAAGGUGCCCAGCAACAACUUGCGCGGGGUGGAGGGCAAGCGAUCGCCAAUAAGAUACAUGAAUUUCUGGGAGGUGCGGUUCACCUGGAAGAGCCCGUCACUCAUGUGGAUCAGACCAAGGACCAAAACGUCAUUGUGCACACCCCGAAAGCAACAUACACCGGUAAACGAGUCAUCUUUGCCAUUCCUCCGCCGUUAUUAUUGAAGGUUGGGUUUGAACCCCAGCUUCCCCUACAGAAGACGCAACUACUCCAGCGAAUGCCCAUGGGCGCAUAUUGGAAGAUAUUUGCUAUUUACCCCAAGCCAUUCUGGCAUGAAUCCGGCUUAAGGGGCGAAGGAGUGAGCCCGGAUGGAAUAGCUGGGUUGAUCAAUGACGUUUCUCCAGAGGACCGUAGCCGGGGGGUGUUGAUGGCAUUUGUGGUGGGGCCCAAGGCCUACAAAUUCGCCGCCAUGGACGAGAAAAUGCAGAAGGAAACGGUUCUGAAGCAAUUGAAAGCAUGCUAUGGCGAGCAGGCUGGCAACCCUGUCAAGAUGUCCAUACACAGUAUGAUGAAUGAGCCGUGGUCAUUUGGCUGCCCUGUGGCAGGUCUUGCCCCCGGCAUGUGGACGACUCUGGGCGAAUGGAUACGAAAGCCAAUAGACCGACUACAUUGGGCUGGCACUGAGACUGCAACGUCCUGGUCUGGAUACAUGGAAGGUGCUGUGCAAUCUGGCCAACGUGCUGCAAAGGAAGUUCUCCUUGCUUUGGAGUGA